CUUGGAAACUUGUAUGCUUGAAAUCCUGUCAUGAACAGGACUGUAAAUCAUGGUGCUGCAACUGAAAAAAUAUUGAUAAGGAAAGAAAAUGCCCUUGUCCCACACAAGUCUCUUUGUCAUCUUUUCUAGUGAAUGUGUCAGGAACCUGGACAUGGGACUCUGAGAGCGUGGAGAAAGCCAUGCCCGUUCCUUCCUGACCCCUGCCAUCCUCUCUCCCAGCCCCAUCCCUGGGGCCCUUUGUAGAGCAAAGACCAUGAACACAUCUCUGCUGCAGAGAAAUGUGCCCUUACAGGGGAUGGUGGUGUUUGAGGAUGUGGCUGUGGACUUCACCUGGGAAGAGUGGCAACACCUGGAUGAGGAGCAGAGGACCCUGUACCGGGAUGUGAUGCUGGAGACCUACAGUCACCUGGUGUCUCUGGACUUUCAGCAUGUGGAUUAUUUGGUUGAGAAGAACCAGAAAAAUCAGGAUAGACAUUUCUGGCAAGAUAUAACCACUGAGAAGAAAGUGGCAAAAAGGGAUUUAAUGAAUUUCGAAAAUCCUUUUAAUCUGAACUCAAGCUGUAUUUCAAAACCAGUGAUCACUCCUGGGAACUCUCCUGUCCUCAUGAAGGAGGAAGAUAAUGGAUGUGAAAAUAUGUUUCCAAUCAUUGACCCUGAUGAGUUGUGUCCUGUACAGAAUCAUGAGGUUCACACAACUAUCUACAAUGAUAUUUUCACGCUCCCUGAAUAUGCAGAAAUACAUACAGAUGGAAAACCGCUUGAGGGUCAGAAAACCAGUCAGUGUCCAACCAUCAACAGACAUCGGAGAAAACACAUGAGAGAGAAAAUUAAAUAUAUAUGUUCUGAAUGUGGGAAAACUUUAUCCCAGAGAAGAGGACUCCUUCAACACCAGAGAAUCCACACAGGCGAGAAACCCUAUGAAUGUACAGAAUGUAAGAAAUCCUUCAGCCGAAAGUCAGACCUCACUGUCCAUCAGAGAAUCCACACAGGAGAGAAACCCUAUGAGUGUAAAGAGUGUGGGAAAACUUUCUCAUGGAGGAAGGGACUCACUUUACAUUAUAGAACUCACACAGGGGAGAGACCCUAUGAAUGUAAACAGUGUGGGAAAACUUUCUCUUCGAAUUCAGCCCUCAAUGUACAUCUCAAAAGCCAUACAGGAGAGAAACGCUUUGAAUGUAAAGAAUGUAAGAAAACAUUCUUCUUGAAGUCCUACCUCACUAUACACCAGAGAAUUCACACAGGAGAGAAACCGUACGAAUGUAAAGAAUGUGGGAAAACUUUCUCUUGUAAGGCACACCUCACUGUACAUCAGAGGGUCCACACAGGAGAGAAGCCUUAUGAAUGUAAAGUUUGUAGGAAAGCUUUCUCCUGGAGAAAAGGACUGAUUUUACAUCAAAGAGCUCACACAGGAGAAAAACCUUAUGAAUGUACAGAAUGUAGAAAAACUUUCUACCGGAAGUCAGAUCUCACUUUACAUCAGAGAGGCCACACAGGAGAGAAACCUUUUAAGUGUGAAGAAUGUAGGAAAACCUUUUACCGCAAAUCAGACCUCACUUUACAUCAGAGAAUUCACACAGGGGAGAAACCCUAUGAGUGUAAAGACUGUAGCAAAACUUUCUCCAGGAAGUCACACCUCAUUUCACAUAGCAGAACUCACACAGGAGAGAAGCCGUAUGAAUGUAAAGAUUGUAGGAAAACUUUCUCAAGGAAGUCAAAUCUCAUUAUACACCAGAGAAUUCACACAGAAGAUAAACCCUAUGAAUGUUAACAAUGUAGGAAAAAUUUUGCCCAGAAGCCAAACUCCAUAGGAUAUUACAGAGCUCAUACAAGAAUGUCAGUGGGAUUGUAGAAACUGGCCUUUCUUCUGCUAAAAUAAGGGCAUGCAGUUACCCUGCACCUGCCAGCCUCCCUUUCCUAUAUGUAUGCCCCUAUAAGUUAGUUUUAAACCAGGCAAAAUAUGUAUACAA